CUAAAUUGUGUGCGGAGAAUUAGGCUUAGCGAAACCAACCUAAAUCACUAUUUUUGUUUCUACUCAACCUAAAGCAGGCAGGAUUUAUAUAUAUAUAUACUCUAAAACCGAAGCAGAUUUUUUUAGAAAAAACAUGAAGAAGAGAAAACAUGAGACGUUGUUUCUUGUCAUUCUCCAUACUCUGCUUUUCAGAAGAAGAAAACAACGCAUUCAUCGCUUCCUUACUCUUGCCUCUGCUUUAUUUGCUGCUAUUCUCUGCUUAACUCUCUUUUUCUCUCCUCCCAUCCACCAACAUCACCUUAUCAAUCCCAUCUCGUUCAUUAACGGCACGGGGUUUCACAUGAGCCUGCAACAAGACCAUAUCUUUCGUGUUCCGAUGGGUGGAGGAAGUUUAAGCGGAGACGUAUGGAUUUCCAAGCAAUCCAAAUUCUAUCAUGGCUGCAGUGAUUCCAGCAAUAGUUUUCCAACGGCAGAGGUGAAUACUCAUCCCAAUAGGUACUUGAUGAUUGCAACUAGUGGAGGCUUGAAUCAACAGAGAACAGGGAUUGUAGAUGCAGUUGUUGCAGCUCAUAUUUUGAAUGCCAUCCUAGUAGUUCCAAAACUCGACCAGAAAUCCUAUUGGAAAGAUUCAAGUAACUUCUCUGAGAUUUUUGAUGUCGAUUGGUUUAUCUCACGAAUCUCGAAAGAUGUCAAAAUUAUUAGGGAUCUUCCAAGAAUCGGAGAUAAAAUCAUAACUCCAUAUACAACACGUGUUCCAAGGAAGUGCAAUGCCAAGUGUUAUCAAACUCGCAUCCUGCCUAUUUUGAAGAAAAAGCACGCCGUUCAGCUAACAAAAUUUGACUAUAGGCUUUCCAAUCGAUUGACUACAGAUAUGCAGAAACUGAGAUGCAGAGUCAAUUAUCAUGCAUUGAAGUUUACUGAUCCCAUAACUGAAAUGAGCAGAAAAUUGGUUGAAAGGAUAAGAAUGAAAAGCAGGCACUUUGUUGCCUUGCACUUGAGGUUUGAACCAGAUAUGCUUGCAUUCUCUGGAUGCUAUUACGGUGGAGGAGACAAGGAAAGGAAAGAACUAGGUAAAAUACGAAAGAGGUGGAAGACAUUACAUGCAAGGAACCCCGAUAAGGAACAAAGGAAUGGAAAAUGCCCUCUCACUCCAGAGGAAAUUGGCCUUAUGCUUAGAGCACUUGGUUUCGGUAAUGAUGUUCAUAUUUAUGUGGCAUCCGGAGAAAUUUAUGGUGGAGAGGAGACAUUGGCUCCUCUCAAGGCUUUAUUUCCAAAUUUUUAUUCCAAAGAUACAAUUGCCAGCAAGGAGGAAUUGGCACCGUUCUCUUCCUUCUCUUCUCGGAUGGCUGCGUUAGAUUUCAUGGUUUGUGAUGAGAGCGAUGUUUUUGUAUCCAAUAACAAUGGUAAUAUGGCAAGAAUGCUCGCAGGAAGAAGGAGAUAUUUUGAUCACAAACCAACUAUCCGCCCAAAUGCGAAGAAGCUUAAUAAUUUGCUCCUUCAUCGAAAUAACAUGACAUGGGAGGAGUUUGCUUCACAAAUUCGAACGUCUCAAAUAGGUUUCAUGGGCGAGCCAAUGGAGGUAAAGCCAGGCAGGGGAGAGUUUCAUGAAAACCCAACAGCAUGCAUUUGUGCAGAUUCUGAAAUGGAUAGCGGUGCUGCUACUAUUUCAGGUAUGGGUGAAGCAAGUGAUGGUCAGGUAGGUGAAGAAGAUCAAGAAUGGUCUGAUACAGAAUAUACAGAGAAUGAACUUGAAACUCAAUGAUGCAGAUGAGUCAAAAAUAGAAGAUGCUUGUCUUGGAUUAAAGAGAAGUUGCAGAUGGGGGGCAGGUCCUCAUUUUGAGUACUAGCUUCCAUUCAUUGAUUAACAGUAUGGAGCAAACCAUUGUACAGUGGAAAGUAAGAGGUUGGUUCUCCAGUUUUGCUAGUGAAUGGUGCCGUUUUAGGGAAGAGAAUGACUGAAGUUAGAUGCAUUUAAAUACAUAGAGAGAGCAGGAUCAAAUAAACAACUUUAUGCUGCAUUGAUUCUUGGAAUAUCGAUUACUCCUCCAAAGGAGAGGUAAUGCUCAAAAUAUAGGAAGAGUAAGUUGCUGUUUUUUUUUUUUUUUAAAAAAAAGUAAAAACAUGUGUAUAAGAAAAACUCGGUUUUUGCCCUGCAUUUCUUUCGACUGAAUCAGUCUUGGAAUAUCAACUGUUUAAUAUACUAAUCGAUCAGUUAAUUUGUCUUGUAGCUGCUACCAAUACUUUUGUUUGAAGACAAAGCACCUUUAAAAUUCUAUAUUUGUAGUAACCUAGAGAAUAGUCAAAAGAAGAAAUUGACGUCCAACUUGUGAUCAUAAUUUCUUCCUCCUUUUUGAAAUUAAGGGAGUAGGUUUUAUCCCUUUCAAUUUGAACUCCAUCAACAUUAUGGAAGCUAAUUCAAAUUCAAACUAACUCUCUUGUCUAAUUUGAAUGAAGUAUAUAUAUAUAAAGAAAAAUGUCUUUUCUAUAUUAAAGUUCUUUAAAAAUUAAAAGGUGAUGUGUAAAGCGGGUAACCAACCAUAGGCUGUUUGCGAUGAAUGAAUAAGAUAGUGGACGUGGCCUCUUCUUCCCCAAUUGUUAUUUAUUUAUA